AUGAAAAGACUCAUUAUCGCUGGUUCUCUUGCCGUGCUGCUGCUAGUUAUUUCAUGCGUCGUAGCUGUGAUCGUCAUGCUUAGGGAAGUCCACACACUUCAAACGGAGAUACAAGCUGGCAUGAAGGAUCUCAAGGUAACGGAUGAAAACUGGAAUCGUGUUGCUCUGGACCUUCUGCGUUCCAACGAACGUCGAGCAGUCUGUGACCAAGAUCAAUGCUGCAACAAAGAACAACCUGAGCCUCAAUAUCAAGAAGUGGAUGAUGAAAAAAAUGGACCAGCGAAACCUGAAUAUGAUCCCUACUGGUGA